AGUAACCACUCACCCCACAUGGGAAGGAAGGAAGUUUCGCGAGAAAAAAGAGUUAACGUAGAAAAGCUUCGUCUCUUGUCUUCGCUUCUUUCAAUUCCUUUUCCUUUCUAUCUCUCUCUCUUCUUAUAUUUCCACAUUCCACGUGAACCUUCUAGAACUAUAAUAGAAAGAAACCCUCCAUUCCAUGGCUCCGCCGCUCGAACACAACGGCGUUUCCACGAGCGGUGACUCUCAGAGAUCCAUUCCCACGCCGUUUCUCACCAAAACCUACCAGCUCGUCGACGAUCACACCAUCGACGAUGUCAUUUCGUGGAACGAUUCUGGAUCGUCCUUCAUCGUCUGGAACACCACCGCUUUCGCCAAGGAUUUGCUUCCUAAAUAUUUCAAGCACAACAACUUCUCCAGCUUCGUUCGCCAACUCAACACUUAUGGAUUUAGAAAAGUUGUACCUGACCGCUGGGAGUUCUCGAACGAGUAUUUUCGAAGAGGCGAAAAGCGUCUUCUCUGCGAAAUCCAGCGACGGAAGAUCCUCUCCGCAUCUCCUCCGCCGGCGGGAGCAACUGCCACCGUGGCGGUUCCGUCGCCGCUGCCGCUAUCUGCGAUCCCGACGGCGAAGCCGAUCGUGUCGCCGUCGAACUCCGCGGAGGAGCAGGUGCUUUCGUCGAACUCGUCGCCGGCGAGAGCACCGGUGGAGCUGUUGGACGAGAACGAGCGGCUGAGAAAGGAGAACAUUCUGUUGACGAAGGAAUUGGUGAAGAUGAGAUCGCUCUGCAACAAUAUAUUCAAUCUCAUGUCGAAUUACGCUAACGCUCAAGCGGACGGUAGUUCCGCGGCGGCGGCGAAGCGGUGCUCCGGCGAGGAUGCGGUGGAGGAGAUGAAUCCGAAGCUGUUUGGGGUGGCGAUUGGUAAGAAGCGAGCGAGAGAGGAGGAAGGACAUGGAGCGAAGUAUGAUACGGCUUUGAGUCUGCAUCAGCCGUUUCAUGCGGACGUGAAAUCUGAAGCGUUGGAUUUACCAGGACGUGGCGAAAAUAAAAAAACGCCGUGGCUAAAUCAAUGUCAUAGAGCAAAUCAGAGGGUGUGUAAUUGACACACGACGUUGUAAUAGCUAGGUAACACGUUAGGUUAAGUUAGGGGCGUCGUAGAGAAUCAGAGUCUGUAAGCACGGAGACGCGCGUGUCAAAUGUACGUCGUUAACCGUUUGGGACUUUUUUCGUAGAAGUUUCUCAGAAGAAAACUAUAUUUUCUUGUUCAUUUCCUUUGAUGUUUUAUUUUUUUUGGUUUAAGUUGGGCAUAUAUUGGACUUGGAGGGCAGAUUUUAAGAUGGAAGGAAAAUAAAUUAUUUCUCUAUCA